ACAGGAAGUGAGCCCUACGGAGGCCGCGGCGGAUCAGAAAGGGUCUGGUUGCGGCGCGCGGCGCGCGGCAGGGAACCUAUUAGCGCAGCGCAGGGGGCGCGCCGGCUCUCGGGACCCGCGGGGGGCGGCAGCAUGGAGGACGACGCGCCGGUGAUCUACGGGCUGGAAUUCCAGGCACGUGCGCUGACCCCGCAGACGGCAGAGACGGACGCCAUCCGGUUUCUGGUCGGGACACAGUCUCUGAAAUACGACAAUCAGAUCCACAUCAUAGAUUUUGACGACGAAAACAACAUCAUCAACAAAAAUGUCCUCCUCCACCAAGUGGGUGAAAUCUGGCACAUUAGUGCCAGCCCCGCGGACAAAGGCGUGCUGGCCACCUGCUACAACAAGAUCGCAGACAGCAGAGUGCUGACGUGCGCCGCGGUGUGGAGGAUGCCGGAGGAGUCGGAGCCGGGCAGCCACGAGUCCCCCGACGAGUCGUCGAGCAUGGCGCACGCCCUGGAGCUGCUGUGUGACCUGGACGGCGCGGCGGCGCACGGCAGCGUGGCCUGCGUCGUGUGGGAGCCCACGGGCGACGGGACGCGAGUCAUCUCCCUGGCGGACAACCACCUUCUGCUGUGGGACCUGCAGGCGAGCUCCAGCCGGGCCCUGCUGGCCAGCUCGGCGUCGCUGGAAGGCAAGGGGCAGCUGAGGUUCACCUCGGGGCGCUGGAGCCCGCAUCACAACUGCACCCAGGUGGCCACGGCCAACGACACUGCCGUCCGAGGCUGGGACACGCGCAGCAUGAGGCAGAUCUACUGCAUGGAGAACGCCCAUGGGCAGCUGGUGCGGGACCUGGACUUCAACCCCAACAAGCAGUACUACCUGGCGACCUGCGGGGACGACUGCAAGGUCAAGUUCUGGGACACGCGCAACGUCGCGGAGCCCGUGCGGACCCUGGAGGAGCACUCGCACUGGGUGUGGAACGUCCGCUAUAACCACUCGCAUGACCAGCUGGUCCUCACGGGCAGCAGCGACAGCCGGGUCAUCCUCUCCAACAUGGUGUCCAUCUCCUCCGAGCCCUUCGGCCACCUGGUGGACGACGACGACCUGAGCGACCAGGAGGAGCGCCGCCCGGAGGACAAGAGCCAGGAGCCCCCGCAGGACGGCGUCAUCGCCACGUACGAGGAGCACGAGGACAGCGUGUACGCCGUGGACUGGUCUUCAGCUGACCCCUGGCUCUUUGCGUCCCUGAGUUACGACGGGAGGCUCGUGAUCAACAGGGUCCCCCGGGCGCUAAAGUACCACAUUCUGCUCUGACGUCCGGGGCAGGCCGCAGCCCCCCCUGGGGACCCGCCCGCGACGCAGCGUUUGUAAACAGCGAGGGCGCCACGCACGGCCCUCCGGGCACCCAGUCCCCUCGCCGAGCGGAGACCUCGGCCUCCACCCCGGGCCUGCCUGCCCCCCGUCUCUCUGCCCCUUCUCUCCUUCAGGGACGGUGGGGCUUGUUUCACUUCAAAAAUAACCUUCAUUUCCAUGAUGUUAACUCGUCUUUCUCUUGAGAUUAAAAAUGAAGUAAACCCACGAGGCCGCA